UCAUGGGCGGUCCCAUGCAGCAACAUUGAAAAAGCUGUGCAUGUAAACACAACUUUUGUAGCAUCCAAAAAAUAUCGCUGACGGUGUAGAAGUGGCCAUACUGCUUAUAACUUGUGCUGCAGGUUAAAGUGAAUAUGCACACACGGCUGUGAAUCGCAAAGUGCUUAGUCUUUUGCCAAAGAACCUAAUCGAACAUGAGUUGUGUGGUGCCUGCUCCCGGCGUGAAUGUUGACGGUGAUGACCGGUGGUUGUGCUUGCACAAAUUAUUCUUAGCAGAAGGGACAGAAAAAGAACCGGACGUCGUCGUGCUUGGCGACUACACGGUAGCAUUCCUUCAGCAGUCUGAGGUGUGGGAAAACUACUUCGCGCCCUUGCACUGCUUAAACUUUGGCAUUCCCGAAGACCGAAUUGAGAAUGUACUCUGGAGAAUUGAAAACGGAGAGCUCGACAACGUGAAAGCAAAGGUUGUUGUGCUCUCUGUGGGCUCCAAUGAUAACGCAAGUUCUCCUGAAGAUGUUUCGGCAGGAAUAGUGACUUGCACAACUGCUAUCAAGUCUCGCCUUCCUGAAGCGCAAGUAGUCGUCUUGAAGCUGCUACCUUGCGGCCAGCACCCAAACUCGCAGCGCGACCGGCGACGCCAGAUCAACGAGCUCCUGGCCAAGGCUCUGAAGGGCCAACCGCAGGUUCAGCUGGUGGACUUGGACCCAGGGCUGGUGCGUCCUGAUGGUACCAUAGGCUACCACGACAUGUUCGACUUCCUGCACCUUAGCAGGCAGGGCUUUGUGUCCACCUUUGAGCCACUGGCCGACUUGGUCGCUCAGCUCCUGAGAGAGGCCGCGGGCGCCGGGGAUACUCCCGUCGCUGCCUCUUAGGUGCAGUGUGAGGGGGAAAUAAUUCACCGGCAUUCUUUCCACUACCACUGUGCAUUGCUUUCUGUGGCUGAGAAACAUUGUGUUUUUCUUUUCUCCUUUCCCCCCACUUUUGCAAUGCACUACCACUUUUGAAGGGACGUUAAAAAAGAAACAUAAAUAAGCAUUAUGCUGAUAGGCUGCUCAUAGAAAUUUGCAUUCAUUUGAUGUAAAAAAAGUUAAUUAUUAGCAGACAAAAUAAAUACCAAUGUUGAUCUUUUCUGUAUUUGCACCUAAAUGUGGUCCCAUAAUGUCAAUGUGACAUUACACAGAUUUGAAGGUUUUAGUGCAUUUUUCGGCCACAUUUGUGCCUGGAGAGUUCCCAGAAGUUGUUUGGUUUAAUAGCUGCUUGCUUUCGAAUGCAAUUCAAUCCUUAAUUUGCUUAACUGGUGCCUAGAAAAUUGCGAUCCAUGGUGUCAUGGGCAGCUAAUACAGGAAUGUCAAGUUGCAAAGCCAACCAUCAUUGAAUUUUAUGUCCAUUCUUGCUUGAUCAGCCUAUUUGAUAUUGUGUAAGCGUAAUACACCAGUCUGGCUUAACAUGAUAUUCGUAUUUAGUGUCCCUUUAAGUCAUAAUUGGAUCAAUUUGUACAGCAGUGGUCCUGUGUCACGGCUGCUAAGAGGAUUGGCCAAAGCUAUGGCGAUCACCCUUAUCACCUACCCUUAUGCACAGUGUGAACACAAGUAACAUAUACUGACAUCUUGAGGUGCUUGCCUGUGCUGCCUCAGUGCACUGUUACUAGCAGCUGGGAAAUAGUUAUUGUAAUUUCUUGUCCCUGUUUCGAUGUGCAAUGCAUUGUUGGCUUCGUGCCAUUUCUGCACAUGCUGGCAUGGGAACAUUGUUUGGUGCAAACUUGUGAGCAGCACUGAAGUUGCAUGAUCACGCAUUGGCCGACUGGCUGCACGUGUUGCAUAGUUGAAACAGCAUAGCUGUCAAGCACACCUGAUGCACGAAACUGCUGUUGUCUGUGAUUGCCUGGAGGCAGUGCGCAUUAAGUUUUAAGCUCGUGAGAAUAGGUGUUGCUUCUGGAUUUUGGGAACUAAUUUUAUUUAGUUUUAAAAUUUUUAAAAAUUUGUGGCAGUGGUCAGAGGGAAAGAAAUCUUACAUGUUUUGUCACUUCACGAAGGUGUAGAACAAGGCCUCAACUUUACCAGUGAAUGGCAAAGAGGAAAUUUUUUUUUAAAUUUAGGUUUCAGAGGUCUGAUGAUACGUCAUUCAAUUUGUUGGAAUGUUUUCUUUCCCCUGUAGCUGCUCUGAUGGUGCUCAUGGUGGGAAGCUUGUCUGCAGUGUGCAAGCAGUGUAGUGUGUGGGGAAUGAUGGGCACUUCUAAUUAAAUGUGCUGUUCUUUUUUCUGUUAAUUGUAAUUGCAAUUUCCUGAUGGCUUCUUACAAACCUAUAAUGACCACUUGUCCCUUUACAGCAUGUUUUCCACCUGUUUUCAUGAUGCUGCAAGUUGACCGUGAUUUGGUUGUGUUGUUUCUUCUGUCAGGAUCACUUAAGGAACCUAAGCUGCAGUAAUGUGAGAAUGCUAACCUAUUUAGGGUCUGUGCAUUAAUCUGCAUCUCCCAUGUUUUUUAUUAUUCUCCAUCGGAAAAGUGAGGCAUAAUUGCUAGCUGUAUGUAGUUUAUUUAUUGUUACACUUGUGCUUGUGUGCUUCAGGUGGCUUUGACUGCUGUUUAGUGUUGUCUGGUAUAGCAAACAAACUGUGCAAAAAUGGGACAACUGAUGGUCCUCAUGGUUUCACUGCUCGUUAUAGGUAAAUUUUAAGUCAUGGUUGCUAGUGAUGAUAUGCCUUUGGUUCUUUUAGCUGGUAACUUUGGAUGCUGAAGCUUCUUCUCUUUUCCUUUUCCAGUGAGCACUUAUUUUCCUGUUAUUCCUCCUGGGUGUACUCAGGUUGUAAAUAUGUGAGGGUUUUGGUUGCCUAUUGAAUGCCUGAAAAGAAUUUUUGCUCUAAUAUUGUACAGCGCUUUGUGUAUCUAACUUGCCAGCAGUUAACUGAUAUGUUCCAUCUCAAUGUUUGCGUUGCACUUCAGUGCUACGUUAUCUCUAAGCUUAGUUUGUGUUAAGAUUGCUGCAUUCAAUUCAGUUUAAGUGUGUGUGCAAGGUGGUAUGUUGUGUUGAUGCAGGAUAUGAGAAGGUUGAGAAUUUUUUUCAGUUUCAAGUAUUUCCUGAGGUGUUAGCGUGUAUUACUUGUUCCUGAAUAGUAUUGCAUCGCAUCUGUCAGAAUGGCUAGAAUUUGACGCUCACGCAUUUCUGCUGGAAUGGAAAGAUUGUUUCUUGUGACCAAUGUGACAGCAGUGCCUUUGUCAUUGGAUCUGCAGUAGAGUGUAAUAAAUUUCCUAAAGCCUGCAA